AUGACUAAUCAACCACAUAAAUUAUUCUAUAAAGGAGCAGAUAACGAUUUUGUUGUAUUCAUUGAUUCACCAGAAUUAUAUCAAAAGUUUAAAAAGGGAGAUACUACAAUUCCAUUAAUUGAUAUAGUUUCAAUUUUUAAAGUAUUUAUAAAUAGACAAGGAGGUGCAGAAGGGAUAUUAGAUGAAGCAUCAAAACAAGAUUUAAGUAAUGAAUUUAAAACUUCAAAUGUUGAUGAAGCAAUUAAAAUUAUAUUAGAAAAAGGACAAGAUAAACAUAAUGCAGAUGUUGAUAAUGAUAGAUAUCAAUCUACAAAUGAUUCAAUUGGUGCUGGUGAUACUGGUAAUUAA